UAAGACACGGUGAUUUCGAGAGAGAGAGAGAGAGAGAGAGAGAUAGAGACGACGUCGCCGGAAAGGGUGAAGACAAGCAAUCGACUCGAAUCCUCCGACGCUAUCUAGUUCCAACCGCUCCCGGCUAAUCGAUCUCUCUAAUCAUGACAACAUCAAGGCGCUUUGCUGAUAGGAAGGUGGAGAGGUUCGAGAAGAACAUCACAAAGAGAGGAGCUGUGCCUGAAGCAAGCACUAAAAAGGGAAAGGACUAUCCUGUUGGGCCUGUUCUGCUUGGUUUCUUUGUUUUCGUUGUCAUUGGAUCAUCACUUUUCCAGAUUAUCAGGACAGCAACCAGCGGAGGCAUGGCAUAAUUGUGCAGUCAUACUGAGAAAUGUAACAGAGGCCUUCGGUUGUGUCAUUUUACCUUUAAAUGUUAGAGUCUUCAGCGAACUAAUUAUAUGUUUAUUUAAUGCUUAUGUCUGUUGUGAAACUCCCGGAUUUUGAAUAGAACUCCUCUUCUUGGUGUCCAAUAUUUUUAUCUUACAGUUUGGUAUAUUUGUUAUGUGAAUGGCCAAAUACUGUAAAUGAUGAUAUUGAACAACAGUCGACCUCAAACUGCAGAAAUGGGUGCUGAAGCUAUGAAACAGUAUUUGGUGGCAAUUGAGUGUAUUUAGUGAGCCCAAGCUAUGCGGCUGGGUUUGGGUUUAUACCCAAGUGAAUAUUGGAAAUGAUAUCAGCCAUUUCAAAACAGUCAACAAGGAAAUGGAGAUUUAUGCUCUUUGCUCACAUACAAUAUUAUAGUUAAUUUUAUGAAAUAAAUAUUGUUUUGCAAU